CCUAUAGUGAUCUGUGUGUGUGUCAAACUCAAAUUCAAAAAAAUCAAAAACAAAGUUACAACUUCAAAAGUCAAUAUUUUUAAUUUUAAUUUGAUGGUUAUUAUUUUAUUCUUGUUUGACGCUUGAAAUAUUUAAUAAUGUAGUAUAAAUACAAACUUUAAACAUAACAUACAAUUUAUAAUAUUCGAUAAAACAGACUUAAAAAACCAUUCUUUAAUACAAGGCAUGAGGAAGAAAUGAUAUAUUAAAGAAGUACCUAAAACAAUUUAUUAAAUACUUGGCCAGGCUGACACCCUGUAAAUUAAAACAAAAUGUCUAGCACUAGCAGUGAUAACAGUAAAAGUAAUUCCAAAGAAAAGCCUGGGGACGGAAUCCGCUCAAUGAGAUCUACAACUGCAUUCAGAGUUGUUAACUUUGAACUUUAUGCAAAGCCUAAUAUUGUGAUAAUGAGCAUAGGACUUACAUGUUUUGGUAUUGCUCUUGGAUAUAUUGCCUACAUGAGACAGAAAUAUGAAGCAAUGGGAUAUUAUUCAGCCAUAGAUAAAGAUGGCAAAGAAAUAUUUGAGAAGAAGAAAUCUAAAUGGGAUUAAAGAUAUAUACAAUUUAAUAUAAUAUAUUAUGUAGUUCUGUAUAGACUAGUCUUUUAAAUUAUUUUAUUAGUGUAGUACUUGUGCAUACAUUGAAAACUUAUGUAAUUAAAUGGGCUUCAAAUAUUACAGUACUACAUUAAAUACUACAGUACUUAUAGAUCUUCAUUCACAGGAAAUAUUAUGUAUGUUCAUGUCUUUUUUCCAAUUCUUUCCAACUAAUAUUCCAUGAAAGUAGAAAAUAUAAUUAUGAAAUGAUAUAUUUUAGGGGAUAAUAGAAGAAUAUAGAAUAUAGAAGAUAAUAGAAUCUUUACAAAUAGUCAACUGACGUGUCAAAAGUGCUUGUAAACUGAGCCUACUUGAAAUAAAUGAUUUUUGAUUUGA